GUGGUACCUGAAGAUGCUGCAGUGCUUCAGGUGUAACCAGUGGUUCCAUGAAGCCUGCACCCAGUGUCUGCAGGAGUCGAUGAUGUUCGGUGACAGGUUUUACCUCUUCAUCUGUUCGGUGUGCAAUAAAGGAACAGAGUACGUCCGGCGUCUGUCCCUGAGGUGGGUCGACCUGGUUCACCUGGUUCUCUACAACUUGUCCGUCAGCAGCAAGAAGAAGUACUUUGAGCUGGAUGAAAUUCUCGCCUUUGUCUCGGCGAACUGGGACUGUCUGCAGCUCGGAAAGGUUUGUUGCACCCACAGCAGACCAAAAUCUGACCUCUGACCUCU